AUGACGGCCUACUAUGAUGUCAUUGUGAUCGGUGGCGGCAGUGGCGGAAGCGCCUUCUCCAAGCGUGCCGCAGGCUAUGGUGCGAAGGUCGUUCUGAUCGAGCGCGGGCCGUCCUGGAACGAGCAAGGCCAGCGGACGGGUGCUGGUCCGGGAGGGACCUGCGUGAACGUGGGAUGCGUGCCGAAGAAGCUCAUGUUCAUGGCUGCCGCUCACCGCGAGAUGAUGGUGGGAGAGGCCGCCACUGCCAAGGGCUACGGCUUCGCAGUGCCGGAGGGCGCUGGGAAGGUUCAGUGGGAGGCGCUUCAGCAGCGUCGUGACGAAUAUGUGAAGAAGCUGAACAAGAACUACACGGCAGGCUGGCAGAAGGAAGGUGUCGAGAUUAUCGAAGGUACAGCUCAGUUCGUUGACUCGAGCACCGUGGAGGUGCAGCGCAAAGACGGCAGCAAGACAACACUUCGUGGAAAGAAGAUCCUCAUAGCGUGCGGUGGCAUCCCAGAUGCUCCGCCUAUCCCAGGCAUCGAGCAUGCGAUUAACAGUGACGGCUUCUUCGAGCUCAAGAAGCAACCCAAGAAGGUUGCAGUCAUUGGGGCCGGCUACAUUGCAGUGGAGAUGGCUGGGAUACUCCAUGCGUUGGGAUCAGAGACGCACCUGUACUUCCGUGGUGACACAGUGCUACGUCGUGGCUUCGAUCCCUUCAUAGUGAAGCUCUUGAUGGAGGCCUUGGAGCAUCAUGGCCCCGUGUUGCACGGAAACAGCCAGCCUUCUCGCAUCACCAAGCAAAGCAACGGGCUGCUCACCUACUCUGCAAUCGAGGGCUCGAAUGCUCAGCAGAAGGAUUACACCGACUUUGACUGUAUACUUCUCGCCAUUGGACGAAAGCCUGUGACAGAUCAACUGGGCUUGCAGAAGUGCGGCGUACUGACAAAUAAGUCAGGUCAUGUCGUGGUGGAUGCUUUCGAGAAUACGAAUGUACCAGGAAUCUACGCCAUCGGAGAUGCUACGAGCACCGGCUUCGAGCUGACGCCGGUGGCAAUUGCCGCGGGCCGGCGCUUGGCAGAUCGCCUCUUCCUGGGAGAAGGUCGCGCACGGAUAGCCUAUGAGCAGAUCGCGACGGUCGUCUUCAGCCACCCCCCCAUCGGCUGCAUCGGGCUGACAGAGCCGCAGGCGAAAGCCGAAUUUGGCGAGGCCAACGUCGAGGUCAAGCAAUCCAGCUUCGCGAGCAUGCUGUAUGCAUUCAACGACGACGGCAAGAAGGUCAAGACCGGUCUCAAACUCGUUCUGAAGAUGCCGGAAGAACGCGUGGUUGGUCUGCACUGCAUUGGCCCUUACUCCGAUGCUUGGAGCGCACUCGGUGUCUGA